AUGAAUUUUGAUUUGGACGACCCUCUGGAAGGAUUGCUCAGCGAUGGCAGCAACGACAGUCUGUUUGGCGAUGAAAAGACAAAAAAACCGGCACAAACCAGCAAACCGGGCAAGAUGGAAGAUUUGUUUGGUAUAAAACCGACCGAGGCAUCGAAGAGCGCCUUGAAAGCGGAGCAACCAUCGACAGCUGCAAAUAAAAGUCAACCCGCGUCACUGGACUAUUCGAAACCGCCGAGCACCACCACCUCAACACAGCCCCAGCCGUCGAGCUUGACCUCUUUGCAAGGAAAAAAGCCAGCGACUCCGGUCAAAAAGACCGAGAACGCCACUUCUGGACUUAAGCCUAGCACACCACAGAAAAAGGAAAUUUCAUUCGACGACAGCGAUCUGCUGUCGGAUCUUGGCUUCGACCCCAAGAGACCGAGGGCAAAGUCAAGCAUCCUAGAUGAUAUACUGGGUGUUCCGAUGGGGCCAUCGACGAAAGAGGUCCCUUCGAAAAGCACACUGGCCAAACCUAGGCCAAGCCUUACGGUAGCCAAAGAGGAAGCACCGGCUACGGUUAAAAACGUUUCGCGUCAGUCGACGGAAACGUCCGACAACCUGCCACCGGAGAACACAAUUUUGGGUGGGUACGCGCCAACUGGUGCCGCCCUGUCACGGCGUAGCGGUCGGCGAAAGUCGUCCGUGUCGGCAUUAAACGAUCCGUUGGGACUGUUUACCACGGAGGACAAAGCCGUCCGCCGCGAGUCUAAGCAACCGAAAAAAGGCGGAGCCGAUUGGCUCGGUCUCAACGAGGACAGUGUUUCGAACGAAGUCGAUCCUCUUCCGACGCCUGCGCCGAAACAGGUUGAACCUCCCGUAUCCGUGGCCGCUGCGCCGAUUCAAAAACCCGUUGAAUUAUCGGUGCCAGUUCGACACGAACCCGAACCGCCAAAAUCGGAAGGCAAAAUAUCAGUCCAACCCACUAUGCCGGAUCCGCUGCUGAUUUCCAGCACAUUGCAGCUCGUAGACGCCGAGACAGAGAGCGCACUGGCCACAAUGCAGCAGCAAGAUUUUCAAAUAUCCGUGGCCAGCCAGAUGAAGAGCCAGGAGAAGGCUCUUCUCGAUAUGCAGCAGAAGCAGCGCUCCAUUUUGCACCGGCAGGAAGCGCAGUUCAAUGAACUACUGCAGAAGCAAAUGCAUCGUCACAACGCGCUGGAAGAAGUGCUGACCAGGCAGCAGGAACGAAUCAGCGCAAACAUCCAGUUAAUCAUGAAUCAACCACCACCGACGGCACUCAGCUCCCAUCAGCCAUACCCAGCCUCAGAAGGCGCACGGCACGAACCGCAGCCGGAGGAUCUUAUCACGAAGAUCGAGUUGCAGUCGGAUGUGAAGCGUCUCGAAAUGGAAAAACUACGGCUCGAGGAUUUGGUCUCAAACCUGACGACGAAUCACGGCCAAGAGCUGUCGCUAAUGGAGGCAAGCUACAGGAAACAGACCGGCUUUCUGGAGGAAAGUCUCAAAAUAAUGGAAGCCAGGCUGAAGAACGACAACAGAAAGCUGGAGGAGUUUUAUCAACGCAAAAUAGAUGCCACCGAAGAAGCCAAAUGCAAACUGGCACAAGAUAACGCGGAGAAAAUUCGAGAAAUGGAGGAAAACCACCGGGGCGCGGUCGAAAAGACGAAGCAAGCGUACGAAGACAAUCUGGAGCAGCUCCGUCAGGACCACCGGGAGGUGAUCGGUUCGAUCCGUGAAUCGAAGAUGCUCGAAUUCUCGGUGGUACAGGAGAACCAAUCCUAUCUGCAGACGCUAAAGAAUGCCUCCAGCUACCUGGAGAACGCGUCCGGUGAUUUGCAGCAACUCCGCGACACGCUCCAAGAACAGAUCGAGUACUGCCAAAAAGAGAAAGAUCUCCAGCUGAAGGCCCGCGAGAAGCAACUGGAGGACCAGCAAAGACUCCUGGAGCGGACAAGGGCGGCCGCCAGCGAAGAGAAGGACCGUCUACUGAAUCUGGUCGAAGCCCUCGAAAGUAAAGUGACCGAAAUGACGAAGGUCUCGUCCGAGGAACGCUGGGAGUACCGGCAAAAGUGUGUCAAACUGGAAGCGGAACGGUCGAGCUUCGAAAAGGAGAAGCAAUUUUUCAGGGAACGGCACCAGCACGAAGAAACCCGAAUCGGGGAGCUAAAACAGGCGCAGCUGGACGAGAGCGCCCGGUUCAAGGAACUGCUGAACCAAGAACGACAGGCGCUGCUCGAGGAGAAGGCCAAAUUCGAAACGAUGGCUCAGCUCCACUCCAAAGGGCACUCUGGCGGCCCAGGGGCAAGCUCGCGGGCGGAAAUCGAGGCUGCCGUAAAGGUUGCCGAAGAGGCAACGCACCAGGCGGACAAGGAGAAAGAACGUUUCCUGCAACUGCAGCGUCA